GUAGCCUACAGUGGAUGUCAGAAGGGACUAAAUAUUUUAACAAGAAUUAUUGGGGUCAACUCUUCUCUGCAGGAGAUGUGAACAGUGGGCUGUUACAUAAUUUAUAUUGAUUUUGAUAUGGCCUCGCCUAUUUGACUGAUUGAUUUUUAAAGGGGUGUCAAACCCUGUGUGUGUCACCGAUUAAACAUUUUAUCUUCCAAAAGUUUAAAAAAUCGACUAUACAGUCGGGUGUUUUUAGGAAGAGGAAAAUGGCAGUGAGAAGCAUCUUAAUCCAUGUGGUGACUGUGUUUAAGUAAAGAAUUCCCUCUUUGUGCGUCUUUUUGUAGUUCCCUAUUUGAACGUUAUAACGUUAGAUACGGAAUACUUAAAAUGCAAGACUUUUAGCUGUGUCCUAUUGUUUCGUCCCCCAUCCCCUCGUGAGCAGAUAAAAGGCGAGACAAAAGAUUAAUUUAAACGGUAAACCGAAUUAUGUUAAUCGAUUAAUUCAUUUGAAUAUAAAUGAUCAUUCAGUAUGUGUGCGUUAUAAACAUACACCGGAGCCAACCGUUAAAAUAUAUAAACUUUGCUCUUUAUAACAAACCACACAUUUUGCAAUUUUAGUUAAAUAAAUGAUACAUCCUGAUGAGAUAUCGCACCGCGCGAUUUUUUCAUAAUUUUGCUAUUAAUGAGGACUUUAGAUUUAAUUCUUGUUCUGCGAAUCUCAAUCGGGGAGGGGGGGGAUAUAGAAAAGGGAGAAAAUAGACGAAUAAGGCAAAUUAGAAAGUAUCAGAAUAUGAAUCGCUGGAAAAUAAGCCGUACAGAGAAGAUCCCAGCUGCGGACCUCUACGUCGGCGGGCUGCCUUAAGAGGUAAUCCCGCCCUCACGGCGGCUCUAUUGGCGACUGCUGGACUGACGGGCUGCAUGGCACAAGAGCUGAACUUGUUGCUGGAGCCGGUACGAUGUUCCAGUAAAUGCCCCUUUGAUGAAAGAGGAACGACACCAGGUCUCCGUGGCUGAGGAAAGGACCGAAAGCCCCAAGGACUAAGGAGAGACCAGGAGGGGGGCGGGGAAGGGAUGGGAUUCGGCUCUCAAAUGCCCAGGACCGAAAAAACACGGCUUCCUAGACGCGUUGUGGAGGUGGAGUAUGGAUAAAAUGGGCUUUUUAGUACUCAGCCCAGUGUCCAGGCGCGAAGACGCGCACGAUCAAUCGCUUUAAUGGCCUUCACGCUUUUCUACGUCCAUGCGCGGACUGUCGCAUUGCCUUCCAGAGGAUCCCAUGAAUAAAAACAAGUACGUUUAACCGCCAUUGUAUUUCUUAAAAAAUUUCAAAUUAUCCCAGAACUGUUUUCUGCAAGGACGUUUAUUUCCUGAUUUAUAAGCCUUGUGAUUGUCCGUUCACCCCACUGAAAUUACUUGGAAUGUUUUUUUUUCUUCUUUGACUGCGUGGAAAUGGGAUUCGUAAACGAGACGCGGGAUCGCUUGUCCCGGGGCAGCUGACAGCAGCCGGGGACAUCUUUUGAGGGGGAAUAAGUUACUAAACCGUCACAAAAUGUUUUCGUUCUUGCGGCGUCUUCAGUCCUACCUGCUCCUUCAGUUCGGAAGGUGAUUUCUUCGACUUUGGUAUUUAAUUAAGAAACGCUUGCUGCCAUUCGCAAGAACAAGAGUCAGUUGGGACACACUUACACGAAUGACAAUUAUAAAUGCUAUAAUAAAAUUGCAUUAAAAAAUGCAGAGCCGUUCUAUUUGGAUAGACAAGUACUUUGAUGUAAAGUAUUGCUGGUGGAAAUAAGUUGAUUUUUCCGUCGAUCUGCUUAAAAUAGUAAAGAGUUGCAAAGGCAACUGGAAAACAUCUCUCCCAGUUUUUUAUGCGACGCUGGAAGAAAGCUGCAAUGUUUUCUACCGAAACGUUUGCUUUUCUGCAAAACGAUAAAUAAGGACUAGUUUUAACUUAGUUUUUUAAGCUGUAUUCUCGCACCUGCUGAUUUCUCCCCGAAUAUUUUGAAAUUCGUAACAUUUGUUUUUUUUUUUUCGUGGAUUUUUUUUCAAUAUAAGAAACUCCACUUUUUUUCUUUUAACGGAUAAAAAGAGACUUAUUAGAAAAGCAGAUUGCCAGAAGCAGCUCUCAGCACUCGCGAGUUGGCUGUCAUGCUGGAUUGAUUGCGGCGAAGUAUGUUUGGGCUGGAACAAUUUGGGUCUCAGAUUCACAGCAGAAAGUCUGGCCAAAGGGAGGGAGACUCCAUCCAGCAGAGCCCGAAUAUGAACCCCCACUACAAGAAUCCGGCUUUCCACAGUGGAGGGGUGCCGGUGGCCACAGCCCAAGGUAUGGCUCCCCUAAGCGAGCCGGGUGCACCGUUUGGCUUCCCCCCGCAAGGCCACCUGGACCUGCACCCGCUGGGUCUGCAGCACCAUCAGCAGAUGCCCCAGAUGCAUGCGUACUUCAGCGAGCCGCUGAGCCAAGGGCCACACCACCCUCACUUCGGAGUGAGAUUGGGGCCCCCCGGGGCCACUGGUUCCUGUAUCCACGGUGGGAGGCUGCCCGCUUUCCAUCAGGGCUUCUCCGACGGCUGUGAGCCGCUUCCCCUUGGCCCGGCAGGGGAGGGCUUCAGCCAGCCUGCCCAGCGUUCAGGGACUUUGCCUGACUUCCAAUCCCAAGCCCCCCCUGACAGGAGCCACGUGGUGCCUGCUCCAUGCCUUCCUUUGGACCAGUCACCUAACCGUGCUGCUUCUUUCCACGGUCUGCCCUCUUCGACGUCGUCCUCGUCCUCCUCUGAACCACCCUGCCUGGACGCCCGUCGGCCGCCUCCCUCGGGCAGGGUGAAAGGAUUUGAGUAUGGUUACCCAGGAGACGCACCCUCAGGGCCCUUCAAUGUUCCUGUGUUCUCCCCACCUGCCUCAGAUGCCCACAUCCCCCAGUACGGCAUGGGGGGCCCCUUGAUGGGUGACGGGAGUUCCCAUUGUAAUCCUGGCAUCCCCAGGGCGGGCAUCCCCAAGACACAACAUCCUCCCCCUGCCAGUUUCUACGACAGAUUCGGGAUCGAGAGGAAGGUGCAUCCAGGGCUUGGUCCCGGAGGCAGGCAUCCUUCUAUGCAGCACCCCCAGGCAGGCGCAAUUGGCAGGCAAGGCCCCUGCUCCUCAGGCCUGCUCCAGUCUCCAAGCUCCAGCCACGCAGGAAUGCAGGACGGUGGGCUGAUGCUGUCCGACCAGCAAGGCCAGUUUGAAUACCCCGCCGGCAGACUGGAUGGCAAUGGAGUUCAUCCCUAUGGAGAUCCCAUGUUUAAUAUGCAGCCGCUGCCUCCACCCAGUCAAAGACUGCAGCACUUUGACUCUUCUUAUGAACACGCUGCCAAGAGGCCCCGCUUUGAUAUCCCUGGCAGGGAUGGCUGUGGCAGCUGGGGCAGCAGCCUGCACUCCCCACCAGGGGGCAAUAGUCACAUCUCCCCAUCCUCUUAUCCAGGCCUCCCUGGGGACUUCCCUCAUCCCUCCACGGACGGCUUUCCCCUGGGCCCCCCCAUACAGCACGGCAGCCCCCAGCAGCAGCGACAAAACGCGGCCAUGAUGAUCAAACAGAUGGCUUCCAGGACCCAGCACCACAGGAACAGGCCGGCUGGGCCUCAGCACCUGGAUCGCCACGGCAACCUGCCUCCUAGCAACAUGGCGCUUGGGAGCCAAGUUGGAGACUAUGAGGGGCCAAAUUUUGAGAGGGCCAACGUCGAUGGGCAGGCCACCCUGCCACCCCAGGAGAAUCCCUGGUACCCCACCAUGCACCCCAGGGGGGACAUUCCACCUUGCAGACUGGGUGGUACUCCAAGGCUCCCCAUGCUCGGCAGUGGAGACGCACUGUACCGCCCAGGCCCCAGCCGGGUGGGCAUGCAGGACCAGAUGAGGCUGCCCCACAACAGCCACUCCCACUGCCAGUCCCUCAUGUCCCCCGGCAUCCAGUCACAGUUCGGGAGCAGCAUAGGCGGUCACCAGCAAAUGAGGUCUCCUGGAUCUGCGCCCAGCCUCCCGAAUAGGCCUGCUGAUUUCACGGGAGCCCCCGCGGGUCCUCAACUCGGCUUCCCUUUCGGGGGGAUCCAACGACAGGCGGGGACUCCGCAAAACAACGCACUGUCGGGGAGUUUCCGUGGGCAGCCCGAGUUUCCAAACGGGCAGCGCUUGUCCUCAGGAAAGCUGGGCACGCUGUCCCUGGACAUCCUGGGCAAAUCUAGCGGGAAGGAGGGGGCGUUCGGUCAGAGCUGCCUGGCAGCGCUCUCCACGGCCUGCCAGAACAUGAUCGCCAGCCUGGGGGCCCCCAACCUCAAUGUGACGUUCAACAAGAAGGGCCCGAGUGAACCUCGCCACAAACCAAGCCUCACAGAUCAGGACCCUGGCGGCGGUGUGGGGGUUGUGGUCUGCGACCGUUUCCAGGGCGAUACCAGUCAGGGCAGUAGGUCGCCAGGCAGCAGUCAGCUUCUGAGUCAGGGCGAGGCAAUCCAGACUGGGCCGGGGGAAGUGAAUGCCCCCUCCCCAAACUUCAGUGUGGAUGCCCCCCCAGGGGGCGAGGGGAGGGGACACCCUGGGUGUGGGAGAGGGAGGUGGAGCAGGAAGGAGGAGGGUGGAUGUAUGAACUCGGGGGACUUCUUUCGCCCUGAAGGUGGUACCCCCACUCUUACCCCCUCUGCUAGUGGGGGGGAGAAGGGCUCAGAUAAACUCCAGGAGGAGCCUCUGACAUCCUGGGGCAAAGGGGACAACCUGCUCCUGGGGGACCAGCCCGACCUCAUGUCCUCCCUGGACAGCGGCAUCCAGAGCGUCCCCAGGUCCGACGGCAGCUCUCCACGGGGCGAAUUCCCCGACGACACAAGCGGAGGCUUCGGUGCCACCAGCUACGGCAAUGAGGAUGAGGUUUCCUCAAGCUCGGACACCUGCAAGCCCGCAUGCAGCCCGCUGGUGAGCGGCUCCCCCAGGCCCCUGAGGAUGAUGGGAGGGCAGCACCCGCCGAGCAUGGCACCGGCCGGCUACACGCUGGGCACACCCGACGCCACCCAUGACGAGCUCCACCCCCUGGAGAUCCUGCAGGCCCAAAUCCAGCUGCAGAGGCAGCAGUUCAACAUCUCGGAUGAUCGUACCAGGGGGGCGAAAGACGGCGGGCGGAUCAACGGCGAUGCAGAGCCAACGCAGCACCACGGCCCCAGUGGCGGGAAGGCCACAGCCGACGCCAUUGACCUAGACUCCCUUAUGGCAGAGCAGCACGCUGCCUGGUUUGUGCCCGGCGAUAAAGCCACAGGGGGCAGUGUGGAGGAUGACAACAGCACUGCGGCAUCCUGGGAAAAGGCAGGAUCUCACAGCAACCACAGAGAAGGCACUGACACCAGCGCGGGUGGAGGUGGAGCCUGCCUGGCAGUCCAUUGCACGGAUGAGCUGGCGGAGGGAGCCUGUGGGGGGGCUUGGCACACGCUGCACUCGGACAUUUCCGGCCACUUCGGCACCUACGUGGCAGCCCUCACCUGAUCCCCCCACCCCUGCUGAUUUGAUGGCACAACUCACUGGGGGAGGGGGUACACCUGGACAGUUCAGACUGUGCUUGAUGUUUUUUAGGCGAAAGCAAGGGUUUGAAAAGGGUAGAUAGUCGAAUUAAGUGGUAGCAGCCGUUCAGUUUUCUUUGUUGCGUCUCCCCUGUUAUUUAUAUUCUUCUAAUAACAUAGUCACUAUUUAUUUGUUACUUUUUCUUCUGCACUAGGAGCCAAUCACUUUUUCCCCCUCGAGGCUCCCUGUGUCAUUCAUGUUAAUUUCUUGUGGGGGGAGGGGACUGUGUUUUAAAAUACUUUCUCUGUUUUCAUCAUCAGACCCUGGUAGACGGGUUUUUGUGUGGCUCGCCGUAAUCAAUGUCGGCACGCCUUAUCCCCCCUCCCUGAAAUCCAGUGUGAAAGUACCUGCCCUGGGCUGGCCCCCACUGGGGGCUCCAUCGGAGCCCCUCUGUCCUUUAGCAGUGUGGUUUUGGUCACGGCACCUCACUGGCGGGACCGACCACUCCUCUCAGAGCCCCCAGACCUUCUUCGACCAUCUCCCUGCUAUAUUUUUCUACGCACAUCUGCCACUUAUUUAAACCUACACACCAUGUCUGAAACAUGAGAACGGGAACCCCCCCUCCCCCGAUAUUCAGAAAUGGCUUUUCUGCUGGUAUUGACGUGAACUAAAGGAGCGGACUGUGCAUGGGCCCACUGGACCUUUUGUAGGGGCCCUGGAUGGGAUGUUAUUGUGGCCCAGCCCACCCCCCAACCCCCCACAUGAAGGGGGUCUCCAGACGACGCCAACCCUCCAGACGCCCCCCCGUGAUUUCCCUUCCACCCGACCGUUUGUAUUAAAAUACACAAUGUUACUGGUGUUGCACAUGUGAAAUAUGAAGAUGGUUUGCGGUGUGUUAUGCCAUCUCUUUGAACAAAUCUGCUUCAAAAUGACCUCAAACAACAGGAGAAGACAGUGGCUGCUACGUUUUUUUUUUUUUUUAAAAGAAUGUAAGCACAGUCCUCUGUAAAUAUCUGUACAUGUUCUACGAGUGACUAAACAAUAAAUAUGAUGGUAACAGUG